AGGCCGCCCAGAAGUCCGACAUGAACUUUAAAAUAGGGGCGAUCAUAGUUAAGGGAGGGAAGAUCCUGGCUUCUGGUUUCAACCACCAUCGGUGAGUGGCAUGGAGGUGAUCCCGAUAUUGCUUUUGUCUCACCGAUGUCGUCUGGCAACAUUCUUUUUUUUGCCAUUCAAUGACUCGACGCAAUCACUCUUAGGACUCAUUAUGAUGGGACAGAUCUAUCUCAUCGAAAGCCAGCCUCAAUGCAUGCAGAGAUGCACGCUAUAUAUGUUGGUAGCAGGCAAUUCACACCCCCCUUCAGCCUUCAGCACGGUUCACAGUUGGUUCAAGGGGACGGGUCGCCUUCUGAGCCGCCUCCUCGAGCAGCGAAAGACCCCGAUCGGUGUAAAGGGUCGGUGGCGAACGGCGGAGACGUCGUUUGCCACCCUUUCUCUGACGACGUCCCAGUCGUCGUCAUCCCCAAUGUCUGCAAGGAUUAACCCCCCACCACCUUCAUACGAUGCGCGACGUCGGAACCCCAAAAUAAAUGGUGCGGAUUUGUACGUUGUCAGGAUUACGCCUGGAGGAGGGACCGGACCAUCUAAGCCAUGUGCGCGCUGUAUCGAGUGGUGCAGGUGGGCUGGGAUCAAGCGUGUUUUCCAUUGGGAUGGCAAGAGCAGCAUGUUCGAGGUCGCUAAGGUCAGUGAUGAAAGUGGUAUAUAUGUAACUCCUGCAGACAUAAAAUUGCGAAACGGGACUAUCAGCCCACUUCUGCUGCUUCGAACAUUCAACUCGCCCCAGAAUGGAUGA